AUGCAACCUCAAACCCCACAGGGAGGGUUGAGUCGGACAAGGGGGCCUCUUUUGCGUUGUAAGGUAAAGACGAUCAUCUCAACCUUCAACGCAAACACCAUCCACCUCUUGCCUCGAUGCACAGAGUUGGCAUCACAGGCAAGCAGAUACAAGAUCUCCAUCCUGGGGAUCCAAGAACACCAUCAUGUACACCCUGACGAAGAGAUAAGGUUCACAGAGGUAGAGGAGAUGCACCUCAUCACCUCGUCCACAUGGAGAGAACCGACGACGAUGUCAGCACAAGGUGGAGUAGGGCUGAUGUUGAACUGCAAGGUGAAGAAGGCACUGAGGGGUGUAGUCUCAGUCAGUGACAGAAUCCAUACUGCGGAAUUCGACAGAAACCUGGCGACCUCUGUCAUCAUCUGUUACUCCCCGCACAACAGCAGCGAGGAGAAGGAGGUGGAGGCCUUCUACAGUAAACUUCACGAAGUUGUCACUUCAAAACCAGCACAUAACUUCCUGGCCGUGCUCAGUGAUUUUAAUGCCCAGUUCGGACUGGAAGAUGUUCCAUACUCAUACCAAGACUUUACCAACAGAAAUGGACAAUAUCUAGUCGAUUUCAUCCAGGAACACAGUCUCAUUGCCGCCAACACACAAUUCAAGAAGCGAGUUGGUAAACUGUGGAUAUAUGAAAACAGAGCCUCCAACUACAGGAAACAGCUCGACUACAUCCUCGUAAGAACAAAAUGGCGUAAUUGUGUGAUCAACACAGAAGCCUACAGCACCUUCAACUCGGUCAGUUCUGACCACAGAGUAGUGUCAAUGCAAGUGAGACUGAGCCUGCAGCAA